CAAACUUUCAGGCGCGAAAUUCAAUUCCGCUCCCCACCAACCCACCACACCUUUACACACCUCGAACACCAUGGCGAAAACCCCCAAACCCACCGCCGCAGCGGCGAGCACGACGACGGACCACGAGACGGCGGUCAAAAGCCACGAGCAGGACAUCCUGAAGCGGCGCACGCUGUUCGUGCGCUCGCUGGACUACUCGGUGACCAGCGCGCUGCUGUCGGAGAAGUUCUCGUUCGUGGCACCGAUCAAGCAUGCGACGGUCGUUGUCAACCCGUCGUCGAAGGAGUCGCGCGGAUUCGGGUUCGUCACGUUCGCGGACGCGGAGGAUGCGCUGAAGGCGAUACAGCAGCUCAAUGGGGCCGACUUCGAGGGGCGGAAGAUGAAGGUUGAGCUCGCGGAGCCCAGGAGGAGAGAAGCUGCCAAGGGCGCGAAGCCCGGUGCGGAGGAGAAGACGAAGGAGAAUAAACUCCCCUUGCCGACGACGGGUACCUCGAGACCGAAAAAGGUGGAGGAGGAGGAGGGAAAGAGGAGGAGUCCGCGCUUGAUCAUUCGCAAUCUGCCGUGGAGCGUGCAGAAGCCCGAGCAGUUGCUCAAGUACUUCCAGAGCUACGGAAAGGUGAAGGAUGUCAUUAUCCCCAAGAAGAGGAAUGGUGAGAUGUCCGGGUUUGCGUUUGUUACCAUGAAGGGGUACAAGAAUGCGGAGAGAGCGAUUGAGGCGACCAAUGGAACUGAGAUUGAGGGGAGGACUGUGGCUGUUGAUUGGGCGGUUGAGAAAGAGGAGUGGGAAAAGGCGCGAAAGGAUGAGGAGCCUGCGGCUGUCAAAGAUGAAGUGGAGGAAGAGGACGACGACGACGACGACCAGGAGGAGGACGAGGACGUGGACGGGGGUGUGGAUAUUGAAGACGAUGACGAGGAGGAGGGUUCUGAUGCCGAAAACGAGGACGACGAAAUGGAUGAGGAUGAAGACGACGAGGAUGAUGAGGACGACGACGAAGACCGGCCACCUACCGACUCCACCACCACUCUCUUCAUACGCAACCUCCCCUACUCGGCUACCGACGACUCCCUCUACAAGCACUUCACACAAUUCGGACCAGUGCAUUACUCCCGUGUCGUGAUCGACCACGCAACGGACCGGCCAAAGGGCACCGGCUUCGUCUGUUUCUACAACCCCGACAUCGCCGCCGACGUUCUCCGCGAUGCGCCACGCAUCACCGCAGCUGAAAGCCGGCCUUCGCUGCUUCAAUCGGAAGCCCUCGACCCUGACGGAAAGUACACGCUCGACGGCCGCAUCCUCGCCCUCUCCCGGGCCGUGGACCGCAACCAAGCCGACGAGCUCGCCUCCAGCGCCGCGAAGAACCGUGAGAAGACCAACAACGACAAACGCCGCCUCUAUCUGAUCAACGAAGGAAUGAUUCCCGCCUCCUCCCCGGCCUGGAAAAAACUCAGCCCCUCCGAGCGCCUCCUCCGCGACCAAUCCCGCGAGCAGCGCCGAAAACUCCUCCAAGCCGACCCCAACCUCCAUCUCUCCCUCACCCGCCUCUCGAUCCGCAACCUUCCGCGCUGGGUCACCUCCAAAGACCUCAAGCAGAUUGCUCGUAAAGCCAUCCCAGGCUUCGCGGAGGACAUGAAAUCCGGACUUCGCGCCGCACUCAGCAAAGAAGAACUCUACCGCGACGGCGGCGAGGGGAAGGAUGCCGAGGAGCAGCGAAGAACAAAGGGGCUCGGUGUCGUCAAGCAGGCGAAAGUCCAGCUCGAGAAGAUGGGCGGGCGAUCCAGGGGCUACGGAUUCGUCGAGUACUGGAGCCAUCGCUACGCACUCAUGGGACUACGGUACAUGAACGGCCAGCUCAUUCCUGGUGUGCCGCAGGAUGAGGAGGGUGCUGAGCCACGUCGUCGUCUUGCCGCUCCGGAUAUCGAGAAGAAGAAGCGGCUUAUCGUUGAGUUCGCCAUUGAGAACGCCAAAGUCGUCAACCGCCGCAAGGAGAAUGAAACCCGCUCAAGAGAGGUGGGCGAGAAGAGGCGGGAGGAGGCCAAGGCUGGCGUUGUGCGCGAGCCGAAGGGGGUCAAGGGGAAGAAACCCACAGGUGCGCAGAAGGAGCUGGCGAAAUCGAAGAGGAAACGCGAAGGUGGUGAUGGACCGGAUAUGAAGGAGCUGAAGAAGAGGAAGAACUGGAAUCAAAAGACGGUUAAGAAACCACGAGGGAAGGGGGCUGCUUAAUAGGUGGGGAUGUGGGGUAAAAAUACAAUGAGACUGUUUGGGGAGAUCUAAUCGUAUCUGGCAACCGCCGGAUGAACAUUAGGUAUCACUCCCUAUGUGGCGUCAGCAAAGACGAUGCACGCCAUACGA